UCUUCUUCUUCUGCAUCUGCUGCUGCUGUUGUUGUGGAUCGAGAGAGAGACAACCAUGGCGUGGAGAGGAAAUCUAUCAAGGUGCAUGAAGGAGCUGAGGAUUCUUCUCUGCCAAUCUUCUCCGGCUAGUGCUUCCACAAGGACUUUUGUGGAGAAGAAUUACAAGGAUUUGAAGAGUCUAAACCCUAAAUUCCCGAUCCUGAUCCGCGAAUGCAGUGGGAUCCAGCCUCAGAUGUGGGCAAGAUACGAUAUGGGUGUAGAGAGGUGUGUCGACUUGGAUGGUAUGAGUGAGCCACAGAUUUUGAAGGCGCUUGAAGAACUCGUGAAAGCUGGAGGAGCUACAAAGGCCUAAGGUUGUUGUCCUUAUCUUGCAUUAACCUCAAUAAGUUGAGACAUGGUAAAUUAAAGGGUGUUCUCCCUUCAACUCGUCUGUCUUUUUUUUCUUUUCUAAAUCAAGUUUCCCGUUCUCCAUACGACAUUUCCUGGCAUUCUCUCGUGAGUAGUAACUCUUGAAAUGGUAAUCUCAUUUGUGCCUUUCAUUGUGCA